GGCGCGGGCCAAUGGGCGCGCGCCGUGCUGGGCUGCGGCCCGGCCAAUGGGCGCGCGCGCUGUUGUCGCCGGGUGGGCCGGGCCGCGCCACGGCGGGCGCAGGGGAGGAUGAGCCCGCGGCCCGGCCGGGCGGCUCAGCAUGGAGGCGCGCUGCGGCGGGCUCCUCUUCAGCUCCCGCUUUGACUCGGGGAACCUGGCGCACGUGGAGAAGGUGGAGGCGCCUGAGGGCGACGGGGACACGGGCGCGAGCGGCUCCGGCUCCGUCUCCGUCUCGGGCCUGCCCCCCUUCGGCAGCGCCCUGCCCGCGGCCGACUACGAGUUCAACGCCUGGACCCGGCCCGACUGCGCCGGCACUGAGCAUGAGAACGGGAACAGGUCCUGGUUCUAUUUCAGCGUGAAGGGCGGCGCUCCGGGCAAGCUGAUCAAGAUCAACAUCGUGAACAUGAACAAGCAGAGCAAGCUCUACUCGCAGGGCAUGGCCCCCUUCGUGCGCACGGUGCCAGGGCGGCCCCGCUGGGAGCGCGUCCGGGACCGACCCGCCUUCGAGAUGGCAGAGGCCCAGUUCGUGCUGUCUUUCGUGCACCGCUUCCUGGAGCCCCGCGGCGCCACCACCUACUUUGCCUUCUGCUACCCCUUCUCGUACACCGAGUGCCAGGACAUGCUGGCGCACCUGGACAGCCGCCUGGAGCCGUGCCGCUACCUCUCCCCCAUCAGCCCCCCGGACUCCAUCUACUACCACCGGGAGCUGCUGUGCCGCUCCCUGGAUGGGUUGCGUGUGGACCUGCUCACAGUCACCUCGUGCCAUGGCAUGCUGGCGGAGCGCGAGCCACGGCUGGAGCACCUCUUCCCGGACGAGGCAACACCACGGCCGCACCGCUUCAUGGGCAAACGGGUGUUCUUCCUGAGCAGUAGGGUGCACCCCGGGGAGACGCCUUCCAGCUUUGUCUUCAAUGGGUUCCUGGCCUUCGUCCUGCGGGAGGAUGACCCUCGUGCUCAGCUGCUGCGGCGGAUGUUCGUCUUCAAGCUCAUUCCCAUGCUGAACCCCGACGGCGUGGCACGUGGCCAUUACCGCACGGACUCACAGGGUGUGAACCUGAACCGCCAGUACCUCAGCCCCGACGCAGAGCUGCACCCUGCCGUGUACGGGGCCAAGGCCAUCCUGCUGUACCACCACGUGCACAACCGUGUCCCACCGGGCUUCCCCGACUGGCGGGCGCAUGGAUCCCCCCUGGCCACCAACACACUGGGUGCCAGGUCUGCCAACCGCUCCGUCCAUCACUGCACCCUGUCCCUGGAGGGGCCCCUCUCCGAACUGGAGAAAGCCAACAACCUGCGCAACCAGCCCAGCAGCCGGGCCUCCACCAGCAGCCUCCCGACGCCCUCGCAGGACCCCGCGCUGCAGGCAGUGCCCACCCCCGAGCUGGGGAGCAAUGACCGAGCUUUCUGGAUCCUGCUCGGGGAGCGCUGUGAACGGGCCACCCCACAGCCAGCGCCGGCCCCGCGCCCCAUCCAGCCCCAGGAGAGCGGGCUGGCCUACUACGUGGACCUGCAUGGCCACGCCUCCAAGCGUGGCUGCUUUAUGUACGGCAACAGCUUCAGCAACGAGAACGACCAGGUGGAGAACAUGCUGUUCCCCAAGCUUAUCUCCCUGAACUCCCCUCACUUCGACUUCACGGGCUGCAACUUCUCCGAGAAGAACAUGUACGCCAAGGACAAGAGGGACGGGCAGUCGAAGGAGGGCAGUGGGCGGGUGGCCAUCUACAAAGCCCUGGGCAUCAUCCACAGCUACACCCUGGAGUGCAACUACAACACGGGACGCUCAGUGAACAGCAUCCCCGUGGCUUGCCACGACAACGGGCGGGCCAGCCCCCCACCUCCACCCACCUUCCCCUCCAAGUACACCAUGGAGCUCUUCGAGCAGGUGGGACGGGCACUGGCCAUAGCAGCUCUGGACAUGGCCGAGUGCAACCCGUGGCCGCGCAUCGUCAUGUCCGAGCACAGCUGCCUCAGCAACCUGCGGGCCUGGAUGCUGAAGCACGUGCGCAACGCCAAGGGCGGCGCAGGCGGCCCCCGCAAGAAGGGCCCCAGGACCCCGCCCAGGGGCUCCAACGGGCUGCCCGGUGCUGAGAACGCCCUCACCCGCACCCGGAGCUUCAGCAACGGCACCAGUGGGAGCGGCAGCAGCCAGCAGAACUCCCCCCAGAUCAAAGCCUCGCCCAGCUUCCCCUUCGGCAGCGGGCAGCCUGCCGGCACCAGCCAGAGCCCUCCCAAGGGCGGCCCUCGGGGCACGGUGCCCGCCAGAGAGCUUCGAGGCGUGGAGAAGCGGCGGCAGCACCUGCCCAGGCUGCGAGUGGCACCUGGCAGCCUCCCUGCCUGUGCCCGGACCCCAGCCCGGCUCCUGCCGCCCCGCCUCGGCCUCAGCCUUGGCCCGGGCACCUGCUCCCUCCCCACCGUCCUCAGCAUGGCAGGGUCCCUGCUCGUGGGCACCAAGGUGGGGGCCGCACUGGGCACCAGUACCGGAUGCCCAGACUUAGAGCACAGCGGGGAGGAACCGGCACUGCAGAACGCCCGCAAGAAGCUGAGCCCCAGGACGGUCCUUGAGCAGCCCAGCUCGGAGGCGCUGUUCGCCCGCCCCAGCAGGAUUCCUGUACGGAAGAAGGGGACAGGCAGCGACAGCGACUCAGCCCUCAAGGUGUGGAAAUACAGCCACACGCGCCCGCUGCGCCGUCCACUGUCAGGGCUCUCGGGGGAGGCGCCGGCGCUCAGCGCGGGGCUGCAGGCAGCAGAGCCGCUCUUCCUGUGCAGCGACGGGCACGAGGGCCUGCUCUCCCAGCGCCUGCCUGGCCAGGCCGCGGCCUCGCCCCCGCUCCCGCUCCCGCUCAGCUCCUACCGCCACAUCCUGUCCUUCUGCACCGAGGCCUGAGGCAGCCGCCAGCAUCCGCACCGGGUCCCGGCGCCGAGCCCGUGCCCACCCCCUCGGACCAAAGCUGCGGGGAGGCAGAGCCCAGCCCAGCCUGGAUGCGUCUCCCCUGCCCCCUUCCGCCCGGCGCCGUGCCACCGGCUGGCGGGGGCCAGGCCCCGCGGCGCAGCCCCCCCGCCCUGCGCCGGCACCUCAGGACCCAGACCACAGGCAGCUUCCCCUUGGGCGCAGGGGGCUGGGGCUCGACCCCCAGCACCGCACCGCACCGCGCUGCACGGCAGGGCCGGCCCGGCCCGAGCACCCCAGCGGCUCCGGGGGCCGUGCCCCUCCUGCCCCCAGCUCGAACAGGCCCUUCCAGGUCGGAGACUAUUUUUACGCGCCGAGGUUCGUCUUGUACCGUGUUUCUAUUAAAGUCUGUUUGGAAGAAA